AUGAAAGUGCUGCCUUUUAGCCGUCUGAUGGCACUGAAAAGGCUCGGCAUAGUGAAGAAUUAUGAGCAGAUUCGAACGUACUCGAUCGUAAUCGUUGGUAUUGGAGGAGUUGGAAGUGUGGUUGCGGAAAUGUUGACACGAUGUGGAAUAGGCAAGGAGGUAGUCAGAUGCCAGAGAGUCGAGUCGCGCGUUGAACUACUAGGUCCAACCAGCCGAAGCGAUUUGGCACUGCCGGAAGGGUACGGGCAGACGUUCAGUCGCGAAAGUUUCCUUUUGUGCGGCAGAGGACACGUUUUGGUAGACGUCGUUUUUCGUACGCUCAACGUUGCUUCAUCGCCUUCGUCCUCAUCUGUCUUCGUUUCCUGUACGAAAUGCGUUGAUCCCGAAUACGAAGGAGCCUCAGCGGCUUUCGACUGCAUUCUGAUGAUCUUCCUGGUGAUCAACACCGCCGCCGACAUCACCGAGCUCAUUUUGUUCGAUUAUGACAAAGUUGAAAUGGCCAAUAUGAACCGGCUAUUUUUUCAGCCAUAUCAAGCCGGCCUCACAAAAGUUGAAGCAGCAAAAGUAACCCUGAAUUCGAUCAACCCUGAUGUAGAGAUAGAGGUGCAAAGCUACAACAUUACCACUUUAAAGAACUAUGAAAAGUUUACGCAUCGAAUUAAAUACGGUAGUUUGAGUAACGGGCAGGUGGAUCUAGUACUGAGUUGUGUGGACAACUACGAAGCGCGUAUGACCAUUAAUACGGCAUGCAACGAACUCAACCAGCGGUGGUUUGAGUCCGGCGUGAGUGAAAAUGCGAUAAGUGGUCAUAUUCAAUUCAUCAUUCCAGGAAGAACGGCAUGUUUUUUGGUACGCUUAACAAUCUCCUGUUUUGUAGUUGGUGCAUUUUAUACCGUAAGCGCGUAAUG